GUAAACCGAGGCGCCGGCCCGGUGGGUGCCGCCUCGGCAUCCCCCAGCCACGCAAUCAAUCACGCAGCCGCGCGCCGCCGGCUUCUUUCCCGUUGGCGCGCCGCGUGUUUUCCGAAUUGUAUAUCGCGCCCGCCGGGGCGCACUGACAAAUUGACCUCGCCGGCCCGGCCCCGCGUAAGUAUCAGUUGAUGGGGCGUGCCAUGCUAUGAGGCUAUCCGCUGGGCGCAAGGCCACUUACAGACUGCCGCCGCAGAUCAUGUUCAUGUAGGUAGCACGCAUCGAAAUCAAUACGGCCGUCGCGACAGUGUCUGCCUCGGGGUGUGCUCCGGGGCGUUGUCUGUCUAGUGAAAUGAAAAUAGA